ACAUCUCAAAAGAUUUAGGUUCUCAAAAUAAACAAGGCUAGGGAAAUUUCUUUUGUAAAGAACGAAUACGAACGGAAAAUUUGUUUGAAUCUGGGAAUAACGUAGGUUGACGAAAGAAAUGAAGAUAGCAGUCUUGCUUAUUAGCCUCUGGGCGAUAGCAGCUACGAAAGCUGGUCCUGUAUUGAAAGCUGCGCCACCUCCAGCGGCGCCAGCCAUAAAACCGGUGACCACAGCUGCAGCCCCCGCAGCCCCAGCGGCACCGGCCCCCGCAGUACCGGCAGCCCCCGCGGCUCCGGCAGCCCCUGGGACAACACCGCCGGCAGCAGCCGCGACACCCCCGGUACCUCCGGCUGAUCUCGUUGCGUCGAAGUACAAAGUUUCUUUCAAGUUAGCUAACGUAAAAUAUGCUGACGGCCUUGCAUCGUACGAUAGUGCCCUUUACCAGAACUACGCUGGCAAAAUCGAGAAUGCGCUAAUGAACUUAUAUGCAGAUGAUAAUGCCUACAGAGAGACGAGAAUGAUUGGAUUUAGAAAUGAAAGUGGCGUUAUCGCUGACGUUUCCCUACGUUUUGGAAAUGAUAGUAAAAAUCUUGUUAGUCUGGAUGCUCUUGUGAAGACUGGAACUCUUGGAAUUCUUCCUGUUGACCCCGCUUCGUUGACAGCAUCUAAAGACGAAACAGCUCCCCCAAUGGCUGUUGGUUUCGGUUGCGGUUCACCCUGUGGCGCUCCCCAGCAGUGUUACCCAUCAUGCAGCUCAAGUUGUUGCGGCGGCAGCUCACCAUUCACGCAGCAGCCGAUGAUGAACCAACAAUUUGGCGCCGGUGCUAUGCCCCCCAUGCCACCAAUGGGAGGAAUGCCCGGGCUUCCCAUGACUGGGGGUCCUAUGCCGAUGCCACCAAUGCCCGGCAUGCCCGGUAUGCCGAUGGCAGGCGGAGCAGGCCAGUGUCCAGGUCAAUGCCCGAAUUCGUGUGCGCCAUCUUGUGGGCAGUCCUGCUGUGGUGGUGCCGGACAAAUGAAUAACCCAAUGAUGGGCUGAUCACGAUGUACCCUACUGUACAUAACAGAAAACGAACUGAUGGAUACGAACUAAGCAACUUACGCACAUUAUGCAAAUUUCCGCGCAGCACAGCGAACAUAGAACUUCCUAAAUUGGUACUAUAAAUGCAUAUCCGGGGAAGUGGACUACGACUGUGUAUUGCUGUUGUCAAGAAGUAUUAAUUCAGAUUUGAACUAUAGCUCGGCUCUUACUAAUUUUCCCCUUACGGAAUGAUGUAUAAGUUAUUACUUACAUACAUAUAGAAGAAAUCAGUAAUUUUUGCAAAAUUAACAAUUGAAGUAAAUUUCCCCUAAUUUGUGAGGUUUGCUGUA